AUGAAGACAAAAUCAUCGAAUUCGGACAAACUAAACACUUUGAAUAACCUUCCUAAUGAAUUCACUCUUCUAUCUAACCAUAAAACAAAUCUUCUAACGUUGCUUAAUGAAGAGUUAAAAUAUGCAAAUUUCGAGUUCAACCUUAUUAACUAUCUGUUUUCGUUAAAUUCAUCUCUAGUUGAAAAUGAUGAAACACAAUCAGAUAAUUCAUCGGAUCUCAAUAAUAAAUUCAAUUUAUUGAAGUUUGGAUCACAAGAUUUCUUUGAAACCAAAUAUAAUUUGAAAACUGAACUUGAAGAAUCUCUAAAUUCAAUUAAUAAAUCGCUCAGGAAAAGAAAUGACUACGCUAAAUAUUCAUCUGAAUUUAAACAACUUCAAGAUACAAUGACCAAACUUCAAAAUACAUAUUUUAAUUCUCUUCAACAAAGAGAAUCAAAUAUGAAAUUGCUUCUUAGAUUAAAAAUGUUCAGUUCCAACCGAUUGAAAAUUUUGGAAGAAUCAUUAAAAGAUUAUGAGACAUUGAAAGAAUUUAAACCACUAUAUAAUCAACCUAAUACCAAAUUAGUAUCUCAUCCAAAUUUUAACCAUAAUCUUAAUUCUAAACAUAAAUCUACCCCUAAUCUUCCCAAUUCAAAUGAAAAUGAAUAUAAAGAGUUUAUUAAAGAAUGCAUGAACUAUGAUUUUUCACUUAGUAAAUUCAACAACUCUCAUCCACAUAAAUAUGACUGCUCUAUAACCUUACUUCCAGAAUUUAGAUCUCCAUACUCGUCACAUUUGUUAAACGUCUUCUCAUGGACAUCGUCGUUAGAUCAAUUUAAAGAAUCCGCUAAAAAUCUAUACAAGAAAUAUGGUAAAAGUUAUAUGCCACUAAAUAUCUUUAACAAUCUGGUAUUACAUCUGAUUCAAUCAUUACAUCUUCCGAGUCUUAGCAAAAUCCCAAUUGAACAUAUUUAUGCUGUUUAUAAUGUCAAUUCUAACACACUCUUGGAUUUCAGAACAUUUUCAUUACUUUACUGGGAGAUUCUUCAUUCAUUAAGACGUGCUAUAGAAUUGUAUUAUCAACCUCAAUAUCGUAUUUCCCAUAAUAAAAUGUAUUUAAACAAUUAUGAUGAUCAAUCUCACCAGUUUAUAAACAUUUCAGAUUACUACUCGUUCAUUAAGCGACUCUCACCUGGAAGGUCAUGUAACAAAUACGUUGCAAAGGAAUUGGAAUCUGACGAAUUGAGAGUUGUUGAAAUAUAUUCUAAAACGCCAGACUUCCCUCCUUUUCAUGAAAUUUACUCCGAAAUUGAUAACCUUAAAAGACUGGAUCAUAAAAACCUCGUUAAAUAUCUAUCCGUCUACCAGGACUAUAAUACUGUCUACAUUGUUACAGAGUUCUGUUCUGAGCUAUCAUUGCUGAAUAAGUUGAAUUCACUUGAAAAUACUGAUUUUGUUUAUUCAUUAGCCUUUGUUCACAAUGUGUUUACGCAAGUUGUUGAGGCCCUCGUUUAUUUGCACUGCAACAAUGUAGUCCACAAAACUUUGGCGAUUGAUAAAGUCAUGAUUGAUGAUUCAAGUGAAUUUCCCAGAAUAAAGAUUCGAGACUACGGUCUGACUGAUUCGCUUGAUAAAUACAAACACAGGUCAUUUUUAUCUAAAUUACACCAAGCUCCCGAGGUUGUUGCCGAUAAUUUUACACCAAAAAGUAAUGUUUGGUCUGCGGGAAUAAUUUUAUUAUUUCUAACAACGGGUCAAAUCCCCUUAAAUAAUGUUAAAAAGGAAGUUUUCCUAAACAAUUUGGCAGAAUAUCUAAAAAAUUCUAAACUUUUCAAAAUUUACUGUGAUUUAAAAGAUUUAAUAAAUUAUAUCUUGACAUACGAUGCUAAUUUGAGACCAUCGUCCUUCGACGUUUUAUCACACCACUGGUUUAACUGUACAAACAUCACCAGUAAACAUGCGAACACUACACAUUUAACCAGAAACCUCAAAGCGCUAAUGAAUAUAAAUUCAUAUCUCAAAAUAUCUAGUUUGCUUGAAUCGAGCAAGAUUUUUUAUAUAAAAAAAUUAAAUAAACUAAUGAACACAUUGUUAUUAUCAGCUGAUCCUACUGACAAUAAUUUAUUAACAUAUGGUUAUUUCGUAAAGGCACUAAAAAUGGAAAAUGUGCCAAACACCAUCAUAUCCGAACUAGUUCAUCUAACAUCUAUCAACGCAUCAGAUAAAUGCCAAUUAAAUGAUCUUUUUGAUUCAUUUAAAACCUGGAGGUUCGGAGAAUUGAACAUAUUCUGGUCAAUUUGCAAGAAGUUUAUAAACGAAAAUGAUUGGUCAUUUGAUUCUAAACAAUUUAUAGAACUGUUACAAGAUCAUAAUUCAUCAUUAUUAAUGAAUGAAGAAAUCAAUCGAUUCUGUAGAUCUAUUUCUGUUGAUGGAAAGAUUUUUUGGAACCACUUUGUUCUUUUCUUCUAUUAAUUUAAUUUUAAAUUUCGCCUUGUUUAU